CCCAUCACUUUUCUUUUUCUUUUCCUAGUGUCGGCCACUCACUUGUGGUGUAGACAGACACAAUGGCGAAGAACGUCUUCGCCGUCCAGAUCUUCUUCAUUGUGUUCCGAGAGUGCUUGGAAGCUGUCAUCAUCAUCUCAGUCCUCCUCUCUUUCCUCAAACAAUGUCUCGGUGGACCAGGCCAGGACCAGGCCAUCUAUAAACGCCUGGUCAGGCAGGUAUGGCUUGGCUCAGCGGCUGGUAUUGUCAUCUGCCUCAUCAUUGGCGGUGGCUUCAUCGGGGCCUUUUACGGCCUUGGCAAGGAUAUCUGGUCAAAGUCUGAGGAUCUCUGGGAGGGCAUCUUUUAUCUGAUUGCCGCAAUCAUCGUCUCCAUCAUGGGACUUGCCCUGCUGAGAAUCAACAAAAUGAAGGACAAAUGGCGUGUCAAGAUUGCUCAGGCUUUGGCUGAGAAGUCGGCCGACGCUGAAAAGCCGAGGAACUGGCUUAGCGACUGGUCUAGAAGGCACGUCAUGUUCAUCCUGCCCUUCAUCACCACUCUGCGAGAAGGAGUCGAGGCCGUCGUCUUUGUCGGAGGCGUCUCUCUCAGCUUGCCUGCGACGGCCUUCCCUCUGCCUGUCGUUUGCGGCAUCAUCGCCGGUCUCGCGGUCGGUUUCUUCAUCUACCGCGGUGGCAACCUGAUGUCAAUCCAGCUCUUCCUCAUUGCCUCAACCAGCGUCUUGUAUCUGAUUGCCGCCGGCAUGUUCUCAAAGGCCGUCUGGAGUCUGCAGUACCACACAUUUGCCCAGCGUGUCGGAAGCGAUGUUGCUGAAGCAGGCAACGGCCCCGGCUCAUACAACAUUCUCGAGACCGUCUGGCAUGUGAACUGCUGCAAUCCCGAAACCGACAACGGCUGGGAUGUUUUCAACUCUAUUCUCGGCUGGCAAAACACCGGCACAUACGGCUCAGUGAUUGCUUACAACAUUUACUGGCUCUUCCUCAUACUUACGGUUACUCUGCUCAUGUACGAAGAGAAGACGGGAUCACUGCCUUUGAAGAAUGAAUUCUUGAGCGCUGCCUCCAAGGUUCCAGGCCUCCGCCGCUGGGUCGAGAAGAAGCGUACGAAGACGGAAGUCAACGAAUUCGAGAUUUUCCAGCAGGUUCAAGCUGCAGGACUCCUACGAGAAUAAGCUGGGUUUGGCAAGGUUCGGAUGCAUAGUGGGGCCCUACGAAAUCGGGUGUUGGGAAAAUGGGUUAUGAUAUCACGUUGAUGGGAGUUUUGUAUUGAUGGCGGAUAUAUUCAAAAGGCAAGGGUCGUUCAGACCGCACCGGUUAAUACUAUGGCUUGCGGAGGUGAAAAUAAAGGAUUUAUAUGCGAGUUUAAUGUCAUGUUCUAUUUUUAGCAAACUAAGCUGCAGUCUAUGUGAUUCCUGGUCUACUUAUUACCCCAAGAGGUUAACACUUUUGUUUAUAGCCACCCAAUUCUCUUAAACAUAUAGCUGCCUCCACCAACAACAGCCGUUGCCCCUGUAAAAGCUAUCAGUGUGCCAUACCCGCU